CUUUAAAGGCAGGACGAGGAAGAAAACCUCUCAGUCGGUUCACGAGUGGAAAUCCUGAGGCUGGAGGAAAGGAAGGUCCAGAAGCAGCAUCCAGACAUGCAGCCGCCUCCCAGGAAGGUAAAGGAGAGUCAACAGGUGAAGCUGCUGUUCUCAGAGCAGCUCAGCAAACUGCAGAUGAAACAACAUCAAGACACCGAACUACUGGAGGAGAUCAGAUCCUUCAGUAAGCAGAGAGCAGCCAUAGAGAAAGACUACAGUCAGGCUCUCCAGAGGUUGGCUGUCCAGUUCCAGAAGAGAGACUGGCAAAGAGGAAACACAGACGCUGUCUCUUCUGGGAGUGUGUUUGUUGUGUGGAGGUCUGUGGUCGAUGCUACAGCUCAGACGGCUGCUUCUCGACUGGCUGCUGGAGAACAGUACCGCACACUGAUUGGACAUGUCUCCAGAAGCCUCCGCAAAGCCAAGGACGUUCGAGCAAAGAGAGGCCUGGAGCAGCUGCAGAAGGUCCAGGCUGAGCUGGUGGAGGCUCUGAGGGAGCUGCAGAGGCUGAAGAAGUCCUACCAGCAGGUCAGCCACAUCGCUGGAGCUGCCAGAGAGAAAGCUGCAGACGCUCAGAGCAGAGCCAGGAAGAGUGAACAUGGGAUCUUCCACUUUAAAACAGGACAUCAUAAGAUGGCUACUAAGCUGGUUUCCAGACUGAAAGAGUGCGACGACCGUCUGACUGAAGUCCGUAAUGAAUACCUGCUGACAUUAGCAGCAGUCAACGCUCAUCAGAAACACUAUUACAGUACAGGCCUACCACGAAUUAUGGAGCAAAUGGACGGUGACGUUUAUGAUGAUCUGAGAAGUUAUUUCACUCUGCUGUGUGGGACGGAGAUGGAAGCCUGUCUGAACACACACAAACAGCACGGCCAGAUAUGGGACAGCGUUGUUAAGGUGACCAGAGACAGAAACGUUCAACAGUUUCUGCAGGACUCUAUCUCCUUCAGCAAAUCCCCUGAAUUCUCAUUUCAGCCUGCUCCACGAGACCAGGUGUUUUCUCUGCAGGAGGUUUGUCCCUCCGACGAUGUGGCCGGUCUGGUGAAGGAGGCCAAGAAAUGGAUCCAAAAGGCUGCAAAGGAUUUUAAGAUGGUCGCUCAUGGAGAGAGAGCUCUGCAGAUGUUGGAGAGCCGACUGAAGCUUCUUUCAGGAGAAACUGGACUUAGCGUGGAGCAGAAGAUCUCCGAGGUGCAGGAGAACGUCAGGAAGGCCAAGCUCAGCAGGGUGAAGGCCGAGGCCCGGCUCGCUCUGCUGUCCCAGAGUAUUGCAGGAACCGAACGCUGGCUUCAGGAGGCGAUGAACCGGGCCGAGCAGGACCUGGAGACGGAGCGACGCCUCAGCGAACAGAGGAAGUCCACGGAGGACUUUUCAGAGGAUGAGUUCGAGAUGACUGACUUUGAGGACUACGAAGACGAGAAUGCAGACAUCUUUGCAGAUCCAGUUUCAGCUUCUGGAGUGUGUGUUUACCCUGCAGCCUGCAGAGUGGUCUACAGCUACCAGGCCAGCCAAUCAGACGAGCUGUCAAUCACUGAAGGGGAGGAGCUUGAAGUGAUAGAAGAUGGAGACGUGGAGGAUUGGCUGAAGGUGUGUAACUCCUGUGGUCAGGUGGGCUAUGUACCUGAGCGCUAUGUGCAGUUCCUGUGUCUGCCUGCAGAGGACGCUGCUCAGCUGGAUGACUCAUUCAGCUCCACAUCCCCCACUGGAAGUAAAGAGAAGACAGGAAGCAGAGGUGUCGCUAGAGCGCUGUACUCCUACCAGGCUCAGAGCGCAGAGGAGCUUUCCUUCCAAGAGGGGGCGCUGAUCCACCUGAUACGCUGUCGCCAUGGAGAGGUGGAUGAUGGAUUCUGGGAGGGAGAGCUGGACGGACAAACUGGUUUCUUCCCUUCUCUGGUGGUGGAGCUGCUGCAGGAUGAAGGUGAAGAGGAAGAGGACCCUCCAGCAUCCUCCAGGCCUCCUCUGUUACCUCCUGCUGCCAGUGUGGCGCCCCCUGCUGGUGUGGAGGUGUUACAGCAGGCAGGAUCAGGGGGCGACUCUCCAGACCCAUCCAGUGGUCGACUGAGACCGGUUCGAGCUCCACCUCCUCCUCCAACACACAAGACUGGACCCUGAGACCAGCACCGGGACUGACACGGGUCUCCAGCUGGUCCCUGAGACACGUACCAGGACCAACUAACCCGAUUCUCCUGAGACUAGCAGCAGGACUGGCCCGGUUCUGAUCAGGGUUCCGCAGAGUCGUGGUUUACCUACUUAGCAUUUAAGAGGGAAGAUGAACCAAUAUUUAUGUAGAAAAGUGUGUUUUUGUGCCGCUUUAUUCAGACAUAUUCUAGUUAUCAAACAGCUGAAUAUAUCAGAUAAAAUCAGAUGAAAUCAAACAUAUCAGAUCAAAUACAGCAGCUUUAACUGAUGAAAGUCUUUCAUUUCUUCCAUUUAUAAUUAGGGUCUGAGCACCGACGGUGCUGAUGGACCCUAUUGAAACCCUAGGGUUUAUUUUUCUUCUUCACUCUUUUCCCAUCUUUUCAAACUCCACUUUGGCCCCCUUAACAUACCCCAAAACGCGUCAAACUUUGCAUGCAUAUCAGGACUGGCAAAAUGUUUGUUAUUUUAUGGGUGUUGCGCAUGUGUGUGGCAAAAUGGCUCUAUAGCGCCACCUGCAAAAUUGAAAAGUGGUCAUUAGGCCAACUUCCACAAUGUUUCAUUUACAGCUACAAUAUUUGGUGGGCAUAUGGACCACAUCAGGACACACGAAAAUGUCAAUCACAGCCACGCCCUAAACCUGACAGGAAGUUGGCCAUCUUGAAUUAGCUGCAAAUAUUUUCUGAUUAAUAACUCAUCGGGGGUAAGUCCGAGAGACCUCAAAUUUGGCCAGUAUAUGCAACAGUACUUCGCAAAAGUCUGAGGGCGUAGAAAUGGCGACCCCUGGAAAUUUGCAAUUCGCCAUGAACCAGGAAAUGCUGUGUAACUGCCCUGAACAUGCUCCAAUCUGUCUCAAACUUUACAGUGCUGAUUGACGCUGUGUCCCCACUGUGUCGCUCCACACUGACACCUGCUGGCUCUUAAAAAUCAUUACAGAUCAAAUUUACAUUUGAUGAAAUAAUUUUUAAAAUUUAAAAUUAAUAAUAAUAAUAGUAAAAGAGCAAGCAAAAAUGGUUGCCAUAUUUUUUACCACAACAGAAUAGUGCAACCAGAAUGAGUGCAAGCAAAAAGAAUAAAGCAACUGGUAAGUGAAGGUUAUUUAAUGUUCAUAAGUCCGACAGCUGAGGUAAUGAAAUUGAUUUUGUGGCGGGUUCUGGUCCGUAUGGACCACAGCCUCCUGCCUGAGGGAAGUGUUGAUAAUAACGUGUCUUUAUUGUCGCUAUCACAAACAAUUAGAAAUGUCUCAAUAGUUUUAGAUUCUACUUUCAAAGUGCUUCUCUGGAUAGAUGACAUUAAAUUCUGUUCUUCAUUGA